AUGGAUUUCGAUACCCAAAGUCAGAGCCUCUCGCCAGGCGCUGCAACUCACAACCCCAAUCUCAUCCUUCCAGCAACUUGCGACCCACCAUCUGAGCACAAUCCGCCCAAGCGAGCAGUAUGGAUAGUCUUCGGAGCGACCGGUCACAUGGGACGAUCCCUCGUUCGGGCGAUACUAGCGCACGGCGACCAAUGCACCGCGGUGGGAUGGACCGAAGAGAACACACCUGAACAGAUGGAUAAGUGGAAGAACAGAAACUGCUUGGGUUUACUAUGCGACGUGAGAGUACGCGAGACAGUGGAUCAGGUCAUCAGGAAGAGCAUCGAAUACUGGGGCCAGGUGGAUGUCAUAGCGAACAGCACCGGCUACGGCGUCAUAGCAGCAUGCGAGGACCAGGACGAGUACGAUCUGCGCAAUCAAUUCACCACAAACUUUCUCGGAACCCUACACAUCUUGCAACUCUCACUCCCCUACUUUCGCUCACAAAACUCCGGUCGAUACCUCAUAUUCUCAUCCACGGCUGGAGCCCUUGGCGUGCCUGGCCUCGGCCCGUACUGUGCGACCAAGUACGCCGUGGAAGGGCUCAUAGAGUCGAUGUUGUACGAAGUCGAUAUAUUCAACAUCAAAGCAACACUGGUCGAGCCUGGACAUGUUCGAUUGGACGAGCCAGAUGACAACAUAUUACCACCCAGCUAUACUUCGAUACCCGUUCCAGGAACAGGUCCUCCGAAGCCGAAACGUUACGGUCAUUUCUUCGUGAAACCGAACCCCAGCGAGCCCUACUCGGGACUGACAAGCCCCGCGCAACACGCGCGACGGAUGGUACAGUGGCUGAACGACAGACAACCGGUGAGCGCUGUGAAGAGCGCAGAGUUGGUGUGGCAACUGGGUCAUUGCAGCUAUCCUCCGUUGCGCUUGAUUCUGGGUAGCUACGCCGUGGAAAGUAUUCGCGACAGACUGAAGAGCAUCACUGAAGAAAUCGAGGACUGGAAGCAUCUUUCGUUCCCUGUUUCUAUGCCUCCGGAGGAAGAAGAUGGAAAGGAUAAUCUCAAAGAGGAGCAGGAGCAAGACGACGAACAAAUGCAGGACUGA